AUGAGACUGGAUUCUCGAACCCAGGAUCAUCUGCCGGCAGCACCCCAGUGGCGCCCUCCCUUCUCUCUCCCUCCCUCCGUAGCCUGCCUGCUGCAGGCUGAGCUGGUGAACUACGAGCGAGUCAAGGAGUACUGCCUCAAAGUCCUCAAGAAGGAAGGGGAGAACUUCAAGGCCCUUUACCGGUCUGGUGUGGCCUUCUACCACCUGGGCGACUAUGACAAAGCACUCUACUACCUGAAAGAAGCGAGGACCCGACAGCCAACAGACACCAACGUGAUUCGAUAUAUUCAGCUGACGGAGAUGAAGCUCAGCAGAUGCUCCCAGAGAGAGAAGGAAGCCAUGUAACUCAAACACCUCCUAGAGCUGAGCCUGACCCAGGACAUGCAGGCAUCCCCUGGUGGAGAGCCCCUCCCUGGCUUCCGUUCCUUUCUCCCCACUUCCUCCUCCUGUUGCCCCUCAACUCCUUGUCUCCUCCCAGUGUGAAAAGAAGGAGCCAUGCAAAUUUGGAAUCCAGUGGGUUGUCCUGACACUGGGGACAUUUUCUUUUCAGUAGGGCAACCACUGAGGGGGACCUUACUUCUAUGGAAACGGCUGGAGAGGACUCUCAUGGGCUGGGAAUGCCAUUGCAGUUUUGACUUUGGGCCAGAGCUUCUGACAGAGACAGAGCCUGGCAGGUGUACCAUCCCAAAGGCGUCAGGCACGGAGCCCACGGGCUGGACCCCUCCACGCCUUCCUGACAACUGGAGCAUCUCAAGGCAACUGGGCCGAAUCCAGGGAUGAGACAGACACCAGAAGUGUUGGUGAAGCCAACAGAGGGAAUUUGUACACUGGAUUUCUAACCACACCCCCUGCCGCCACCACUCCCCACCCCAGGAACCUCAGCCCCUGCCUCCCUCCCUCCCUUGUUGUCUUGGCCUAUGCUUUCUUCUCUCCCUCUCGGGGAUCGGAGGCUCUGCCAGGAUUCACAUGCCAUUGAAGCCCACUCUCAGUGCCCUCCGGUGACCACACAUACCAUUCUCCCGGACUCCCACCCAGCAGUCAGCUGUGACAGCAGAAGGGCGGGGCAAAGUGCGCUAAGGGCUGGCCCCAUAGGUGAGGGUUGGAGGGAGAUGACACCUAGGGGAAGGAGCAUUUGUAGACUGAGAGAUUGAACUGUGGACUCAUUAAGUGUAAAUAAAGAUAAAUUAACAGGCAGCAGCUCCUGUCAUUUCUGUUGGAAGCAGCCCACUCCCUCCCUUUUCCUCCUUCCCCACCCCCCUAAUUAGAGCUACUUACAGCCAGGCAGGACGGGACUUUCCCCGAAGCAAUGGGCCGUUUGUCCAGUGGUAUACAACGCUGGCUGCGCCUUUGUGCUAUUAGAGUAGGCUGGGAUUUUGGAGACUGCCCUGGGACUUGGCUGUGUGGGAAUUUGUAAGCCUCCUUUUGAUGAAAUUAUCUGGACUCAAUAUCUAGUGCAUAGAUUCUGUUCAACAAAGAUUUGUUGAAUGACUAAGUGAUGGCUGCAGAUUGGCUCUCCUGCCUUAAACUAAUUUUAUCCCAGCCUAGUCUCCCGAUACCUGCGCUCUUUAUGCGAUGCCAUGUUGCUUCAGUCCAAUAAGAAACAUUUACUGAGGGCUUGUUGUUUGCUUAUCAUUGUUCAAUAUGCUGUGGGACAGAGAAUGUAGUCCCGGUCUUCUAGCAGAUGGAAGAGUUGAGAAAUACUCAUAUGAGAUUAUUACCAAUGACACCUUUAAUUUAUAUGAUGCUUUAAAAUUUUCAAAGCACUUUCAUGUAUUUUUCGUGUGGUUAGUGAAAGAGACAAUAUUGUACAAAUUAAACUAUAUACAGAUGCAAUAAUGUUAAUAGUGACCAUUGAUUAAAUGCACUAUCCUCAGAUCUUUACAUGUAUAAUCUCAUUUCUUUCACACAAUUACGCUACUAUCCCCAUUGGAUGGAUAAGAAAACUGAAACACAGGAAACUCUCCCAAGGUUGCAUGGCCUUAAGUGGCAUAGCUAGGAUUUGAACCAAGUGUGUCCGACUCCAGAGCUCCAGCUAUUAACUACCCUGUAGUUAGUUGCUGCUCUACAAAGUGUUAUACUGAGUAGUUACAACCAUCAGGAGCAGGACAGUGUGUAUUAAGUUGACAAGCCUUGACUAUGUAAAUGGUGGUACAUGGGCUGCCUUUUGUAUUUAGCCCAAGGCAAAAAACUGGCCCCUAACGCUAGACUCCCUAGUGGCAGAAAAGACAGCUGAGACCAGCAGUUACUCAUUCUCCUUGCUGAUGGGCCAGCAUGUAUCCAAACUACCCACCUGGCAUUCCUCAUCCCGUCCCCCGAACUGGGGAAGAGUCACAAUUAUAGGUAGAGAUCGACAGGAAACACGAAGUUAAUGAUGGGUUAUUUAUUUAAUCAGAGGCUCCAACACUGCAGGAUCCAAUCACCUCUGAGGGGCCCAGAAGCCAGCAACACAGGUUAUAUUCACAUAGCUCCUCAAAGGCUUCCAACAGGGACUGUAAGAAUGUGCUAGAAAUAUCCAGGGGCGCCCAGGUGGUUGCCUAUAGCUCACCCUCUGGAAAAGGGAAAAAGGAAAAAGCUGUUACGGCUGCCACAUUCUCCCCCACCCCUGCCGUAUCCUUUCUGCCCUCUUCCUCCAAAAUGGCUUCACAUGACCCCAACUCAAAACCACCCUGCAGCCCACAUAGCAGAGGCAAACGUGCAAAACUCUCCUACUCCCAGGCCUCCAGCCCAGACAGUUUAUGAGUUGGCAAACUGCUUGUUAGGAUCUGAAGGAUGGCGAUGAGGUGAGAGGUAGCCUGCAGAGUCAGUUCAAACUGACAGGGUCUCCCUUUGGUCUUCGUGCCGUGAGGAAGGACUCAGAGUGACUGUUCCCAAUACAGAGCAGGAGAGGGGUCUUGCCUCACCGAGCGAGUUGAGGCAGGGCUGGACAGGUGAGGACAGUAAGAUUGUUGCCAUUCUUCCAAGAGAAAGGUUGAAAACCAGAACUAGGUGAGGACAACCUUAUGGGACCUUGUAGAACAAGUGACCAGGCGGUCUGCUUGCCUGGUGAUGUGUGUGUUGGAACUCUAUUCACUGUGACCCAAAGUUAAAUGAUCCCAAAGAAUAAAGCUGCCUAGGGGUUUGGUUGAUGUUUGGGGUGGUGGGACUGAAUUUUUCAUGCAUUUAUCCAGAGACUUCCGAGAGUUGGUAGCAAAAUCAGAACUGUUCACCUUCCCAAACCUUCGGCUCUCUUCCCCUCCUCUCUCCCUCAAACAGGGACUGUCAUUUAAUUACACGUUUGGUUUGUGGAUGUCACUGUGGAGCUAUACCUGGAACACCCAUCCUGAAUCUGAACUCGUUUGUCAUCUCCUGCUUGGACUUUGGUCUUAGACUCUUUGGGUGGGGUGGAAUUAGACUUUUCUUGUAAUUAUUUUGAAAGCCUCACAUGUAUAUUAUAGAAAUACUAGGGGGAAAAAAAAGACAAAUUCCAAUCCGUAGUCCUACUACUCAAGACAAAUAUUGUUACCCUUUGGGAUGUAUCUUUUGGUUCUUUUUGGUAUAAAUGUCCACAUGCACA